AUGGAAGAAAAAAAAUUGGAGCCGCCAACUAAGGGAUUCAUAGUCAGAAAACGUCGUCAACACGAUGGAACAGAACCAUACCAGCAGCGCUUUUGGGAAUUCGUUGCCGUAUGCCACUGGGUGAUCGGAUUCCUCUGUUUCGGUCUGACAUGCCUUUUUCUAAGCAUCCGCUUAGUCUACUCACUACUGAAACACUUGUUCAUUCUGGUCGUGUUUACAGUGGGACAUCCCAACGAUGAGAGCACAUUUGAGGUUAGUCAGUUUGAGCAAACCUAUGUGGUUACUUUGGUCGCCGUGAUCACUGGCUAUUUGAUAUAUUGGCAAGAGGAUCGUGGCUCUGAGGAUCGCGGUGGGCAUCGAAGACCUUGGCUUAGACAUUUAAAGUUGUGGCAUCAUUUGGCCAACUAUUUCCCUGUUCACCUAGUCCUCAGUGAGGAACUGUAUCCACGCAGCCCGUCCAGUGAGGAGUUACUGUUCGGAACUGGGUUUCUGUUCUGCACCGGAGCUUUUGUGAAUUUCAUUACCGAGGCGACCGGAUUCUCUCAGGUAUUUCCCGGAAUCACACCGUGGUUAGCUGUUUUACGAGCGCAUUUCAGAUCGCCAAUAUACAGGGACUACCUACUUUCUUUGGGUGAGUCUGCAAGACUGCACUACUUGCUGGAUUCUAAGGAGUGCAAACGGACUGGAAAUUUUGUUGUCGUGGUUGUCGGUGGUGCGCCGGAGGCGUUGGAAGCCCGGCCGGGACGCUAUGUGAUGGUCACAAGUCAACGAUUCGGAUUCUUCAAAUUGGCUCUUCAAACAGGAUCUUCCCUCAUUCCAUGCAUCUCUUUCGGGGAGCAAGCCAUGUACAAACAGGUGAAAAAUGACAAAGGUUCUUGGGUUCGAUGCUUUCAGGACUGGUUUGAGAGACUGAGCACGUUCACUCCUCCGUUUAUCUAUGCAAGAGGUCCGUUUCCAUAUCGCACCCCGGUGAACACUGUCAGUAAGUUUGUCGAGUGCCCAAUCGGUUGCCUGAUUGCGCCCGAUAGAGAUAGAUUUUUAUGGACUCAAGAAGAUUUUCUCUGGUUAUUAUUAUUGUUUCUACUGCCUCUACGGUCUAGAACAGAACACUGCCACUUCACAAGCACUGAUGAUGUCACCUCGGCUGGUGAUGAAACGUUUGCAAACAAAUUGCCAAGCUCGGCGAACAGGCAAAAUGGAAUUCAGUUCACCCGAGCUACGAAAACCGAUUUUCAAUAUUUUGUCAAUAAUAAUUUAUAUCUUGUCUACUUCGAUCUAUGUAGUUUCUAG